AGUCCCGUACAGGGAAAGGUUUACCGUACGGGUUUGGUCGUUUUAACCCUAGGGGCGGAGUGAGGGCGUAAGCCGCGAUGUCGGGCGGCUUCUUCCGGGGCACGUCCACGGAGCAGGACACUCGAUUCUCCAACAAAAUGGCCAAGCUGCUUAAGACGCAGAAGUUUGCGUCGGAGCUGGACCAGCCGAUCGACAUGUCGAAGGUGAAUAUGGAUGUGAUGCGACCGUGGAUUGCGACGCGGGUCACUGAGCUUCUGGGAUUCGAGGAUGAAGUGCUGAUUAAUUUUAUUUAUGGUCUUCUGGACGUCAAGGUGGGUGAUGGCAAGCACAUUCAAAUCCAGCUUACGGGGUUCAUGGAGAAGAACACUGGUCGAUUCAUGAAAGAGCUUUGGGGACUUCUUGCCAGCGCACAGAGCAACGCGAGCGGUAUUCCUCAAGCGCUGCUGGACAAGAAGGCGCUCGAGACUCAACUCAAAAAGGCUGAAGAGCAAAGGAUUUUGGCGGCGGUUCGUCAAACGACGGAGCGGGAGAAGGAAAAAAACGACUCUUUGCAACAAAACAAACUUGCUGUAAUUGAUGGUGUUGCUGGCGGAGCUCUUGUGGUUGCGUCAAAGCCAGCAGAGCCCAACCGAGAUCGAAACGCGCCUGAAGCAUUACCGCGAAGGCGAAGGUCCAGGUCAAGAGAUCGCUCUCCUUCUCGAAGCCGUUCACGUUCUCCUGGUCACCGACGUCCUCCGAGACCUCGCAGGUCACCACCUCCAAGGCAUAGGCGCUCUCCAUCACCACCGCGGCGGCGGUCGCCACCUAGAAGACGCAGGCCAUCUCCAGGGAGACACCGACCGUCCCGUUCUCCAUCAAGGCUCAGACACUCGCCCCUAAAAAGACGUCCUUCUCGGUCACGGUCCCCAAGGCGGCGUUCACCUCGGCGUGGACGUUCUUCUCGGUCCCGUUCGCCACUGUCGCCAAGGCACCACAGAAAGUCACGCUCUCCUCCUCCCAGACGAAGGCAUUCACCUCGCAGGCGACCGAGGUCCCCUCCUCGGCGUGGACAUUCACCUCGUCGCAGGCCACCGUCGAGAUCACCCGGCCGCAUGCGGUCGCGUUCGCAUCCACGCUCUCCCAAGCGCAGCAAGUCGCCAUCAUCUUCGCCCUCAAAGUCUUCACCGUCUCCGGCGCCAGAAAAAUCUCCGGCUCGCGAGAAGUCUCCCGCAGGAGAAGAGAGGAACUCCGGAAAGAGUCGGAGCAAGGGAGAGUCCGCUGAAAGUAUGCACGAUCAGAGCAACGGCAAGAAUCAGGAAGCAGCACAAGACAAGGGCCAAGCUCUGAAGCGGAAUCGUUCGCCAUCACCCGAGAGAGUCCACGUCGUGGAUUCGAGCACGACGGGAGAAGUGAAAAAGCCUUCUCGCCCGAGCAAUGACACAGACUCCAUGGAGGCGGCGAGCCCGAAUCGCUCCAAGGUGGACGACGACGACACGAGCCCGCUGAGCGAGGAGAAGCGAGAGGCGAAGCGGCGGCGGAGGGAGGAGAAGCGAUUGAGGAAGGAGGAGAAGCAGCGGCGGCGGGAGGAGAAGAGGAAGAGGAAGGAGGAGAAGCGAUCGCUCAAGGCCGCCGCUGCUACCGCCGCCGUGAGCUCCGCGUCCGCCAGAGGCCCUGCCGAGAGUGAUGUCGAGCAGAAGAAGCUCGAGGACGAUCUGCGAAAGAAGGCGCUCGAGUCGCUCAAGGCGAAGAUGCAAAGCUCGUGAGGGGUGGUCUUGUGUGAAUAAGUGAGGGGUGGUUCUACCAUGAUAUUGUGAUAGGCGAAAAAUCGAUACUUUCAUUCUAAUUUAAAAUUUAGGGCUCUUGCGCGCGAA